AUAUUUCUCACGCUGAAACAAUGUGGCAGAAGAACGAGAGACUCUCUCUCUGCAACAAUGUUCAUUCUCUUGUCCUGGCGCAUAACAGCCUAGACGGCGCUUUUGGAUACUACCAUUGUUCCUUAUCCUUAUUAUUCUACCUACACACUCUUGGACUUAACUCUCUCAUUCCUUUAGCUUGGUUUGGUGCACAACUACACUCGGGGUUGUCUUGGAACUACGCUGAGCCUUAAGCUAUGCGUUCAACCCUGAGACCACCCCCCCUUCAAAUCUACGAGCACCCUGCUGCUCAUUUUGUCUCGCCAUCUUCACCUAUAUUCCUCGCGUCACCUUCUACCAUCAUGACUUCCCCGCGCGUGUCCACGUCUGCUACACCACGCAAGAGUCGGCUUCUGUUAAGGAUAACGCCCCCUCUGUCCCCUGUAACAGAGCUUGACGAGACACGUCGA